CCCCCGAUGGGAGUGGAUGCGGCUGAGGAAACAAUAUAAAACGUUCGGACGUAGUCGGGCGCUGGUUCAUUCGCUAACUGCGCUCCCUGGGGAAGGUAGAAGUCACCACAACUUGGGAAAGGUUUAUCACCAUCAGCUGGCAAACAAAAUGAAGGCACUGCUCCUGCUAGCACUGCUGUCCGUGACUAUUUCGGCUAUCGUAGCUGAUCGUGACGAGGCGCUCAGUGUGUUCACACAGCUAAAACGCGUCAAGAAGGGCCGUUUGUUCGGUGCGCAAGAUGAUUUCGUUUCGCUCGUACAGUCCGAGCUGCUGCUGGCCGAGGAGGAGUACGUGCGUUCUUCCAUCACGGGAGAAUCAUCCAUCCUGCAGGAGUUGGCUACCGCCGAAGCUCAAGCAAGUGGUCCAAACUGUGUAGACUUUAUCCGUCAGAAGACGGCACUCAUGCUGAAUCUGGCCGGUGUAUCGUACACUUCCUGUCUGCACCAAGUGGACGAUGCACUGUACGCGAAGCUGUCGAAGGCUACGGAUGGAGCGGUAUCGCGCGACCAGUACGACCAGGCCAACGUGUUGAAUGCGUUCCGGGGUGAGAAUAUCUUCGUCGAUCCGGCGCGCAUUCGCAGCAAGCUGCAGGAGCGUAUGCGCGCCACACUUAAGCUACCGUCGAUGAGUGCGGAAUCGGUGAGGGAGAUCCGUGAGGAGCUGGGCGAAGUGAAGGAACAGUUUGUUGUGUGCAUGAAAGAGGCACGGGCUGGAUUGGAUACGUCACUGGAAGGUACCUCGAAGCAGUAUCAGAUUGUGUGUGCGAAAAAGCAUGAAUAAGAUACGGAAGAUGAUCUAAUAAACAGUACGCGCUUUUGUUUGUUGAUUGAAUAUAAUAAA